GCUUAGCCCGUCUAUUUCCUCGCUUUUGCGGCGGUUCACCGAAAGGGCUUCAUCUGUUGGAGUUCUAAUGCGUGUGAGGGACUCUUCUGUGAUCAUUAAACGAAAAUAUUUGGUAACAUGCAUUGACACAACAAGAAAACUUGUCUCAUAUCCUAUACCAACAUGGAAACCACAAACAAACACGUCGUUUUCGACGUCGUAGGAACAUGCGUCUCCUACGACGCCUUCUUCUCAGCAAUCGACUCGCGUCUCGGCCCUAAGCUUCGAACUUAUAACAUCAACCCCCGUCUAUUCGGCUACGCGUGGAUGGAAGCCGGCGAAAAGGAAUACACCUACCUGAGUCUCUCAACUCACUAUGUCAAGUUCUUCGACGUAUUCCGUUCCAUCUUCUACCGGACACUCUGGCAGGCUGGGAUCCUGAACCCACGGGAAUUUGCCACUGACGAGGACCGCGAAUAUCUACUUACAUCGUAUCGCGGAUUGAAAAUCCGUCCGGGGCUAUCUGAGUGUUUUGAGAAGCUAAGGAAUGCUGGGUUCACUGUUUGGGCUCUGACGUCGGGCGAUACAUCCCGGGUGGCUGGGUAUCUUGCUGAGGGUGGAGUGAAGUUCCCAGAGGGGAACUUUGUGUCGUGUGAUACUAUCGGUGUGGGUAAGCCGGCGCCAGAGUCGUAUCGAUAUUUGUUGGAGAAGUUUAAGGGGGAAGGGUCGGUAGCUUGGUUUGCGGCGGCGCAUAUGUGGGAUGCGGCUGCGGCGAAGCGGUGUGGGUUCAAAGGGGCGUGGGUGUCUUUGUGGGAGAAGGAAAAGUGUUCGGACAUUUUCGGAGAGAUGGACGUGGAGGCGGAUAGUUUGCCCAUGUUAGCGGAGGGGAUUAUCACAGCUACUGCUGCGAUGCAAAGUAAUUGAAAGAUAUUUAUUUAUCUUUUGAACUUCAUUUAUAAUUGAUUUGGAAGAAGGAAAUAUUCACAUUUGCUGUUCGAUCUCACAAAGCCAUAAAACUUGCCGCUAUAGACUAGACCGCAUCUUGCCAU